AUGGCUUCGUCCUCUUACAAGCUCUUCACUUUCAUGCUCCUCCUUUCUGUUCUGUCUCUAGCUUCGAGUACUACCAUUGCUGUACGGUCACGGCCACCGAGCCAUCUCGGCAAGAUGCUUGCGGCUCGGUUGAAAGUAGCUGGCGGGGACGCGGCUGCCGGCGGGGAACCAAACAAGUGCUGGGACUCGUUGUUCCAGCUACAGGCAUGCGCCGGCGAGGUUAUAUCAUUCUUUCUGAGUGGCGAAACGCACUUGGGUCCAGGCUGCUGCCGGGCGAUAAGGGUGGUGGGUCACGACUGUUGGCCGGCGAUGCUCGGCUCGCUAGGGUUUACUGUGCAAGAGGCUGAAGUCCUGUUGGGAUAUUGUGACGGCGGAGACGAAGACGAGCCAGGGAUACAUUCGCCUGAGCCGUCUUCAGUAGUUAUUAACAAUACAACUUCUUAA